UUGAAGUUGCUCAAACAACAAGAUUUAAAAGGCUUAGGCGGAAUAUAUCUUGAUGAUGUAAUGGAAUCUUUGCCUCAUGCAGAAAAGGCUUUAAAGACUCUACAGAAUCAAAAUGAAAUAAUUUUUGUUGCAAGACCAUUAGACAAAAAAAAGGUGUUAUUUUAUAAUGAUAGAACUGCUAGUAUGCCAAUAGAUGAAGAAUUUCAGAAAUUAUGGAGGUCAGUUGCUGUUGAUGCAAUGGAUGAUGAAAAAAUUGAUGAAUAUUUAGAGAAACAAGGCAUAAGAUCAAUGCAGGACCAUGGUCCCAAAAAACCAAUGGUACCUUUAAAACGAAAGAAAGCUGCCCAAAGAAAGAAACAGUUCAAGAGACCCAGAGAUAAUGAGCAUUUGGCUGAUGUUUUAGAAAAUUAUGAAGACAACACUUUAACUCAAAAAGGCCAAUACUCCACCUAAUCACUCAUUUUUUAACGUACAAGAAAAAAUAACAAGCAAUUUACUUAUUAAACAGUAUCAUAUUAAAAUGAUCAUUUGUGUAAAGUGGAUAUCUAUUUCUAACAGGGAAACGCGGAGAUAAUUUAUGUGAUAAUAAACUUCCUGUUUGAAGAUUAUUUAUAGAAAGAUUGAAAUAAAAAAGUGUUUAGUA